AUGGCGUGGUGGAAAAGAUCAGCGCAGUUGCUGGCUGCGAUCGCAUUCGCGUCGACACUCGCGGCUGCUGAUGACUGCAAGAGUGACAGCACGUUUGUCAUCGGCUCGCAGGAUGAUGCAGACAAGCUCGGCAAAUGCACCGAGUACACCGGAGAUGUCGGUCUCUCCCCGUCUACAUCAGGCAACAUCACCGUCAGCGGCCUCGAGAAGAUCACCGGCAAGCUGCUCACCGAGAGCGCUGGCGACAAGUCAGCUUCGCUAGUUGGCAUCACAUUCGAGAAGUUGGCGACCGUGGAGGGCUCCGUCUCGGUCGGCUCCGUCGACAGCCUGCAGUUCGUCUCCUUCCCGGCUCUAGCGACGGUGGGCGGUGCUAUUGAAAUAUCCUCCCUCCCUGAGCUGAAUACACUGAACCUGCCAUCCAUCAACUCGAUUGGAAGCUUCAAGCUUGAAUCAGCACCCAAGCUCCUGAAGAUGUCUGUCGGCGACUUGAAGCACGCUAAGACCACCGACUCUAAGAUUGGCUUGAAGCACAUCACUGGCGACUCCGACCGCUCUAUUGUGGUCAAGAACGUUGGCGUGGACAGCCUGGAUGGCCUCCUGGAUCUAUACAAUGCUACCCUGGUCGAUCUGUCCGAACUACCUAACCUCAACAGGGUCAUUCUAUCACUUUGGCACAUUGAUGAGGUUCGCAUUCGCGGAAAUGGAAACCUGACCGUCUACAUGUGGGAGAAGGCUACUACUGGAACCGUCCAGUUGGACAUUGGGAAGUUUGACAUCGGGGGUGUAAAGCACAUAUCCCCCUGUCUAACGUCCGAUGUAAAAAACUUCAUAGUUGUCAACAACACCGCCGAGUACCUCCGAUUCAACUUCCGCGGACUGCAGCGCCUCGAAGUCAGGGAGAACCCCAACCUGAAGACACUCAUUCCCUGGGGCGGCAGCAGUCUCACUAACUGGUGGUUCCAAAACAUCACGAUCAAGAAUAACCCGGAGUUGCUCCUUGCCUAUGACCCGCCUCGAAGCUCUAACGAUAACCUUACCGCCAAUGACUGUCCAUACAUGUUCAAGACGUCGGAAGAUAAGUUUAGGUGGCUCCCAUGGGAUAUGAAGACGGUGGACAUCGACGCCAACAUCGACAAUACCUACUUCUCCACCUUCGUCACGGCAUGGCAAAAUCAGACUGGCAGGUACGCGGAGGGGUAUGGCCGAGGCCCCGAGGUAAAUGAGACGUUCAUCGUCACGUCCUCCAACUCGACAUUUGACUGCUCAGGCCUUGACCGUCUGCGUACCAAGACAACUGCCAUCCAGGCGGGGACCUACAGCUGUCAGGGCCAGUCACAAGCGGCAUAUGUGAUUGAUGAGACAGCUGGCGCGGGCAGAAUGUCAAUGGGUGUGCUUGCAACCCUCCUGCCAGUGUUUACUGCUGCCUGUGUGCUCUUAUAA